GUUUUUUCACACUUGGGCUGGACCUAAUUGUGCACGCGAACCGCGCGCGCUCCUUUUUUUGUCGGCUUUUCGCUGUGCGUCUCUCAGUCACCGGACAGAGCUGCUGCACUCCAGGAUUUUUAAACCAGGACUUCUCCAUCAGUGGCAAUGGUGACUGACAGAUGAUCUGACAGAGGAAGACAUCAGAACCUUGGAAUUCUGGUGCACCAAUCCCUCUGUCAGAGGCAACAACCCCCCCUUUUUAACUCCACAAACAAGGACAGACAACAAGGCAGGGGUGGUGGGACCGCUGCGAUUUUAUCUGCAGACAAUUAUUAUGGGGUGUUCCUGUUGCAAACAGAAGAAGGCUGCCAAGUCACUAGGCGGAACAUCCGCGGCAGACAAUAGAGAUCUGUCUCCUAGCAACACAGAUGGAGGGUCAUUCUGUCCGAGUCGCUACUGUCCCGACCCCACUCAAUCCAUCCCGGACUUCAACCAACCCAACACCAUGUUUCCCAGCACCAACAUACACCAGCGGCCCGGAUGCAUAUCAAGUGGGGGGGUCACCCUCUUUAUAGCUUUGUAUGACUAUGAUGCUCGCACAGAAGAUGACCUUACUUUCCAGAAAGGAGAGAAGUUUCAAAUCAUCAAUAACACUGAAGGUGAUUGGUGGGAAGCUCGUUCUUUGGACACCGGAAAAUCUGGUUACAUCCCUUCCAACUAUGUAGCCCCUAUUGACUCUAUACAGGCUGAGGAGUGGUAUUUUGGGAAGAUGGGGCGGAAGGAUGCAGAGAGACAGCUGCUGGGUCAGGGCAAUCCAAGAGGAACUUUCCUCAUCCGUGAGAGCGAGACCACCAAAGGUGCUUACUCUCUGUCCAUCCGCGACUGGGACGAUACCAAAGGAGAUCAUGUCAAGCAUUAUAAGAUUCGUAAAUUAGACAACGGUGGUUACUACAUCACAACGAGAUCCCAGUUUGACACGGUUCAGCAGCUGGUAGAACAUUACACAGAGAGAGCGGCAGGGCUGUGCUGCCGUUUGAUUGGGAGCUGUAAGCGGGGCAUGCCCAAGCUGGCCGAUUUAUCAGUCAAGACCAAGGAUAUGUGGGAGAUUCCCCGUGAAUCUCUGCAGCUUAUUAAGAAACUGGGCAACGGGCAGUUUGGAGAAGUCUGGAUGGGCAUGUGGAACGGCACCACCAAGGUAGCAGUCAAGACUCUGAAGCCGGGAACCAUGUCCCCCGAGGCUUUCCUGGAGGAGGCUCAGAUCAUGAAGAGACUCCGGCACGACAAGCUGGUGCAGCUCUACGCCGUCGUGUCUGAGGAACCCAUCUACAUCAUCACCGAGUUCAUGAGCGAAGGAAGUUUGCUGGACUUCCUGAAGGAUGGAGAGGGGCAGACUUUGAAGUUGCCCCAGCUGGUGGACAUGGCAGCGCAGAUUGCAGCUGGAAUGGCAUACAUUGAGCGGAUGAACUACAUCCAUCGUGACUUGAGGGCAGCCAACAUCCUCGUUGGAGACAAUCUGGUGUGCAAGAUUGCUGAUUUUGGCCUGGCGAGGCUCAUUGAGGACAAUGAAUACACAGCCAGACAAGGGGCUAAGUUUCCCAUCAAGUGGACAGCUCCUGAAGCUGCUCUCUAUGGACGCUUUACCAUCAAGUCGGAUGUCUGGAGCUUUGGCAUCCUGCUAACUGAACUCAUCACUAAGGGACGCGUGCCUUACCCAGGAAUGAACAACCGUGAGGUUCUGGAGCAGGUAGAGAGGGGAUACCGGAUGCCCUGUGCCCCAGGCUGCCCGGCCUCACUCCAUGAACUGAUGCUGCAGUGCUGGAGGCGGGAACCUGAUGAGAGGCACACCUUUGAGUACCUGCAGUCCUUCCUGGAGGAUUAUUUCACCGCCACAGAGCCACAGUACCAGCCCGGAGAAAACCUGUGACCUGACGUGAAGCUUUGAAAGGAUACAGACAGGCAUACCAAUACAGAGAUAGCCAUGUUGCAGCACAUUAGCUACACAUGUUCUCUGUAUAUUUGUACUGGAUCCAGGCUCCUAUGAAGAUACAUAUCAAUGACUAUUUAAAAGUGUUUUAAAGCCACUUCCCUUCCUGUGAUCACCAAUCACUGCUCUGUACGGAUCAGUUAUCCCCGUUGACGAGUCUGCGCACUCCUGUUCUGGCCUUGCAGUAAUGUCGCUUUACUCUGUAACCAUGACAACAAGAAACUGAAAGAAGAUGUAGAUGAUAGGGUUAGGGUGGGGGGAGGUCCAGUGGGUACAUGAUUGUUGCAGUCGUUUGAUUUCACCUUUGGCAAAGAGGAUUUAGGCAGAUAUCCAAAGAGUAAACAUUUUGUUACAAAGAAGCGUGUCAAUGCAACAGGUUGGUUAACCCAUAAUGAGGCUUUAAGGUGUUGCUUGAAACAGCCUCACUUAUUUUGAGAGUUCUUUCUAAUAGGGCUUUUAUUUUUUUCACCCUCCAACAAUUAUAGUUUAUGUAGGAGGUUUCCCUAGUUAUGGAUUUAUCCAUCAGUACAAAAACAUAUUAAAGAUGUUGUGUCUUAUAAAGGCAGAUAAUCAAUAAAACAACAAAUAUCUAAUUGAUUAUGAUGGGCUAGUUCUUUUAUUUUGAACUCAAAAUAAUAUUCCUUUAAAGCAGCAUCAUUUUGAACAUUCGUAAAUGAACUUCUUGACCCGUGUGGAUCAAUCUGAUUAUACGCAAAAACAUUCACAGGGUUCACUCUUCUGCAGGAAGUUAAGCCAAGACCUAAUUUCAAGUUAAUUUUUAUUUCGAUUAGGAAAAAAAGGCAGAUGCAUGUUAGCAUUUUUGCUCACUAUUCAACCCGCUGCCAAAACAUGCCUUAAUUACUGUGUUAAAAAGUCUGAGGAGAAGACGACAUCCUCUUUACCCAUCUGACAAGUUUCUGCAGCAAUUUUGAAUAAGCAGUGUCUUUAUCUUUCUAAUUUAAAUCAGUUGUGUCAAUGUAAUGGAAAUGUUUCUAUAUCAAGUCAAGUUGUACAGUUUUGAUCUCUGGGAAGUUGGCAGGGGUCAAAGUGCCAAACAUGAAGGAGUAAAAAAUAUGAAAAGAGUACUUAAUAUGAUGUUUCCCCCAAAGAGUAUAACCUUUACAUGAGAUUUCCCUGCUGUGUAAUAAAAAAAAACAGUGUUA